AUGGAUUCGCGCCUGGCUCUUUUGCGAGGCGUAUUAUUAUGGCUGCAUUGGUUCCUACUAAUCAGCUUUGGUGCAGCAUACAAACCCCUCUCUGACAGCUUCCUCCGCGCAAUACCUUCGCCCGGCAGCGAGUUCGAUACUGACAAUGCCACUGGUAUCCUCGCGCCGCUGUUAAUACCCCGAGUCCCCGGCACUCCUGGCCAGGUCUUUGCGCAGCGCCACCUAGUCGAUUAUUUUCAGCGCGAGCUACCGGAAUGGACUAUUACCUGGCAGAAUAGCACACAGAAGACACCCACGUCCAAGGGCGCCAAGCUCCCUUUCGCGAAUCUCAUCAUCAGGCGCGAGCCGCCAUGGGUUCAGCCUGGGCAGGCGAACUUUCUUACGCUUGUCGCGCACUAUGACAGCAAACUAAAGCCAGAUGGAUUCAUUGGCGCCACGGACAGUGCGGCGCCGUGCGCAAUGAUUAUGUGGGCUGCGAAGGUUGUGGAUGGAUAUGCACAGCAGAUGUACGAGGAGAUGUCCGCGUUAGGAGAGGGUGGGGACGGGGACGUGGACAUGGACAUGGGAAUCCAGAUCCUGCUCUUGGAUGGCGAGGAAGCAUUUGAGACAUGGACAGACACGGAUUCACUGUAUGGCUCAAGAUCCUUGUCCAAUUUCUGGGUGAACAGCCCAAACCCACCCUCUCAAAAGUUCUACAAAUACAAAACCCCCCUCUCGCAAAUAUCCCUCUUCAUGCUCCUCGACCUCCUCGGCUCCUCCGAACCUAGUGUCCCCUCCUACUACACAACCACGCACUGGGCCUACCGCGCCUUCUCAGACGUCGAAUCGCGCAUGCGCUCCCUCAACCUUCUCGAAUCCUCCCCCCCUUCACCUUUCUUACCGGACGUGAACAAAACAAUGGCAUUUGGUGGGAUCUCGGAUGAUCACUUGCCUUUCAUAUGGAGGGGCGUAGAGACACUACAUGUGAUUCCGCAGCCGUUUCCGAGGGUUUGGCAUAAGAGUGAGGAUGACGGAGCGCAUUUGGACAUGGAGGUCGUGAGAGAUUGGGCACGUAUUGUGGCAGGCUUCAUGUUAGAAUGGUUGGAUAUGAUGGAGGUUUGGACCGGGGAUGAGUCGGAGGUAGGUUCGACACGAGCGAUUCACGAUGGACGGUGA